CCAGAAUAAACUAGUUUUGGAUAUGAAUACAGAACAUCAGAGUCCAUUGAUGGAUUCUGGAGAAGCAGUGAAUAAUGUUGAAUUUUCAGAGAACGACAACUCUCCAAAUGACCUCCUAGAGACACCACGAACUCGUGUCAAGAGAAUGCUGGCGAAGUUUGAUGAUGAAUAUGAGCCUGGUGCUACCAUAAUUGAAAAAGAUAUUCCUUCUAAAGACGUUGGAGAUGACCGUAAUACUCAGAUGGAUAAAGACCUGCAGUCCAAAUUUGGAUCAGCUUACGAGCGUGUAAAGCGACAACUACAGAAUGAGAAGAAAAUAAAUAAUACAUCUGAAAAAGAAAAUCAUAUGGAUGAAAGUUUACGAAACGAUAGUGACAAUUCCCAACGGACCCCAAUAUUAAGUUCUCCUGUAGAACAAGAUUCAGCUCAAGCUUUACCGCUUGACCGUGAAUCUCGGUUAAAGCAAUUAGUUGAAAAGAAAAAGAAAGAAUUGAAAUCACAACAAGAGGACCUUUUCAACCUUGAAGGAGAUACCGACGGCAAUGACGGUUCAUCAGGUGCCGAUAGUAAUCAGGAGGAUCUGGGAUAUGAGAGUAAAUCGUAUGGAAUGGAACGUGGAUAUCGAAAAGCCUCUAGAAAAGCACUUCUUGAACUUCAUCAAAAUACUGCGAGACUGACGCGUGAAGUAGCGAGGGAACCCGAAAUCAAGAUUGGCAAAAAAGUAACUAUAAACGAUUUCUUUGAUAAAAUUGGAUUUAAGCCUAAAACACAAAGUGGCAUAGACAUGUCAAAUGAGUCACCAUCAGCACAGAAAACACCUAAUGAGAUGUCAACAGAGAAAAAGGUUGUCGCCAAUCAUGAAGAGGAGGGAAAGAAUAAUGCAGACCCAUUGACUCCUAAUGAUUCUUCAGAAAAUAUUACCGAUAAGGGAAUGGAACCAGGUGAACUAAAAUUGCCCGAUUUAGGUCAGUCAAGUCUGUUCAAUAAUAUGUUUCCAAAAGAAACACCUCCAAAGUUAUCUAUUAAGGAAAAAAUUCAAAGACUUUCUAAAAACAUAUAUACUGGAACUUCAGAUUCGGAUUCUGAUUUGGAAAUUGAGACUCGUCCCAAAACAGUGACGCUGGAUACGAUACAGUCAGUCAAAUCAUCAGAAAAUAUUGAUACUGUUGCUGAUAGGUUAAAAAGACUUGCUGGUAUUCGGUCACCCUCGAAACGAAACGCCAAGCUUGAAGAAAAAGGAUUCAAUUUCAAAGAAUUCAAUCGAGAUUUGAUGAAAAGAGCAGCAAUGAUGUCAAAAGCUGAAAGAGAAGAAACAGAAAAAGAGUUGGAGAGUCAGGGACUUUUGGCUUCUGGUAGUGAAAAAGAUGAAGAAGAGCAACUGGGGUUUGUUGAACGUGCUAGAAAGGAAGCGGAAAGGAUUCGGCAGAAAGAGCAGGAGCUUGAUGGAGGUAAAUCUUCGGAUGAGGAUGAAGAAAUUAGUUCUGAUGGCGUUCCUUCAGAUAAAGCCCCUAAGACAUUAAUUUCCGACGUAAUUAUUCAGGCAACGCAAAGCGAGUCAACUGAUACAAGUCUGAAGAAAAGGAAAAACAAUCGCGUUGUAUUAGAUGAUGAUGAAAUGGACGAACAGGACUAUUCUUCAUCGGACAUGAGGGUGGUGGAUUCCGAUAAUGAGGAUGAUUUACGGAUUCAUGACUUUUCCCAAUCAUCAAAAGAAUGUAAGGAAGAGAAAGAAACUAAAGAAGAUUCCUCUGCUUUCUAUUUACAAGGUAUGCUUCCUUCAGAUUCACAGCUCUCUAUUAUCGAUGCAAAUUUCAGUCAGCCUCCUCCUAGGUGGGCAUUAUCGAAUAGUACCCAGCUAGAAGAUGAGACUCAACCAACCCAGAUAGAUGCCGUGGUUCCUACCCAAGUGGAUUCCUCAGUACCGACUCAGGUAGAUGCGACUAAAAAAGAUGAGCCAAGCCAUUUGGUAAAAACUCAAGUUGAUAAUGAUAAUCAUGAAGCUACUGCUCUUCCUAAAAGGAAUUUACUACAGAGGCGUCCAAACGAUGCUGACUCAAAUGUCCCUUUUACAGAAUUCGUAGAAGAUCAGGCAGAAGAAUCUGAAGAUGAAUAUGCUGGAUUGGGAGGAGCUUCCGAGGACGAAGACGGAAAUGAGGAAUUGGAACCAGAAAUCAAGAAUAUGAUUGAUGAUGAAACAAAGCUUAAGAAAGAAGAAAUAGCAUCUAUGGCUCAGUAUGCUCGGGAUCAAGAAAUUGAUAGGGACAGUAAAUUAGUCGAACAGCUGAUGAAAGAUGUAACUACCGGUGGACUUCGAAAAAGACGUAGAAAUAAUGUAGGCUUAUUAGAUGAUAGCGAAGAUGAUGAUGAUGAGCAUAGCGAAAUUCGACGAGAAAAGCUUAAGGAGCUUCGAAGAAGGAAGUUGAUGGAGCAUGAAAACUUGGAGAUACUUGGUGGAGAAAAAAGGAAAGCAUUCCUGGCUACAGUUGAGGAUAAUCUACUAAACACUACUGAUAACCUUAAGUGGUUGGACAAUAACGAUGAAGACUCUGGUAUAGGAUCUUCUGAGCUUGGAGAAGAGCGUCCAGGAUCUGAUCCUGCCGAAAUUGAUGCUGACGAGGAUGCAAUUCGUGAAGAAGACGAACUUUUGGAGAAAGCAUCACGAAAUUAUGUUGAUCGCUCUGAACUAAGUAAGACGAUCUCAAAGACGUCUUUGAAUGGAAAGGAUGACAUUGUUCUACCAGCAACACUUAAGGCAAUGAUGCAAAAAUCGAAGAGGAAUAAAGUAGAUCAAGGUGUCGACGAUAUUUCUUCUUCAAACUCAAAAACCUCCACUCUCGUUUCCUCCACGCAACGAACUAGUGGUCGUAAAUUUAAAGGUCUCAUGCAGGUUUCGAAUUCCAAUAACAAGCAAAAGUCUCAGACUUUUGGAACGCAAGCUACUUCGACUAGCUCAGCUAUUCCUAAUAAACCGAAUCUACUAGCUUCUCUCAAUAACUUUACUGAUUUUGAUUGACAUGAAUGAUUGAUGAUAUGAUAAAUUUUAUCAAGCUGGUCUUGAUUGAAUUUUUGGUUUUGCUUUAAUACACGUAAAACUGCUUUAUAAUAAAAAUAUAUUUUAAAAACCCA